CCCCCACGUUAUUCCCUCACUUCAUCCCUCCCUCUUUUCUCUCCUGCAACAAACUGAUCCCAGAGCUGAUUCGAAUGUAGGGUCUGCGCUAAUAAAAUCCGGAUUCUCUGUAUGAAACGCAGGACCCUACGAGCAGGAUGUUAACUCACUAGCCUGUUUGGGCUCCAGCAUCUGUUAUGUGGGAAACGACUGCUGUAUUUUAUUGAGGAGGAAUUUGGAAAUCCCUGCUGUUGGCUGUACAGCACUGCGAGAUAAAGCAACAAGGAGAAGGAGUUUAAUGUGAUUCAAAGCGGCAGAGUCUGGGGUUAUUGAAGCGGGAAGCUGCCCUUUCCACAACUGUGUGGAAGUAAAGGACAUCUGCAGCCAUGGAGCACUCCCAAGGCACAAUCCACCAUGUCACUAUCUGUGCGACCUCAAAGGAGGGUUAUUUCUGCAUCAGUGUCUAGAAGCCAAUCAUUUGCUGGGGUCAACUCAACAUACGAAAAGACCAGGCAUCUACCAACUUUCCAGACACCCACAAUCUCUCGAAAAUCUGGAUCUAGAGUCCGGAGAAUGUUUUCAAUGUCUCACAAGUCCCCUCCUCCAAAGGUGCCGCAGCCUGACCGGGUGGAUGAGGUGUAUAAUGCCCUGAAAAGGGGUUUGGGGGCCUACUUAGAAGUUCAUCAAAUUGAACUAGAUAAACUAACAAAACAGAUCAAAGAGUCCAAAAGGAACUCAAGGCUGGGCUUUCUAUAUGAUCUGGACAAGCAUGUGAAAUCCAUUGAACGAUUUAUUCGAAGGCUAGAGUUUCAUACAAGUAAGAUAGAUGAACUUUAUGAAGCAUACUGUAUCCAGCGCAGGCUAAGGGAUGGUGCACAUAAUAUGGUUAAAGCUUACACAGCCUCACCUGGCAGCAAAGAAGCUAGAGAGAGCCUUUCAGAGGCUGGGAAAGGUUACAAGGAAUAUACUGAAAACAUGUGUGUGCUCGAGAAUGACUUGGAAAGCCAGCUAGGGGAGUUUCACAUUAAGAUGAAAGGACUAGCUGGAUUUGCAAGGUUGUGUGCAGGAGAUCAAUAUGAGAUAUUUAUGAAAUAUGGACGGCAACGGUGGAAAUUAAGGGGCCGUAUUGAAGUAAAUGGAAAGCAGGUGUGGGACAGUGAAGAUAUGGUAUUCCUCCCACUUAUUACAGAGUUUCUAUCUAUAAAGGUAACAGAACUUAAGAGCCUGGCAAAUCAUGUGGUGGUGGGGAGUGUCUCCUGUGAAACAAAAGAUCUUUUUGCUGCUCUUCCUCAAGUUGUAGCUGUUGACAUUAAUGAUUUGGGGACAGUGAAGCUCAGUCUGGAAGUCAGCUGGAACCCAUUUGACAAAGAGGAUCAGCCUUCUUCAGCCAGCACUGUCAAUAAGUCUUCCACCGUAAAUAAGAGGUUCUCUACAUACAAUCCAAGUCCUCCGGAUACACCCUCACUGCGAGAACAGGCUUUUUAUAAUAUGCUAAGGAGACAGGAGGAUAUGGAAAAUGGAGCUGCGUGGUCUGUUUCUUCAGAAUCUUCUGAUGAUUCCUCUAGUCCGCAGUUGUCAAGCAAUGGACGGCAUGCACAAAAAACCAUAGUUCAACCUGAAGUUCAAGCCGCUCCUCCAGAUAUUGAGAUAGCAUUUUCUCAGACUGUAGAGCCCUUGAGCAUGAACUUAGAUAACAACAGCCAGGGAGAAAAUGAAGAGAUGGUCACAAAUACAGAUAAAAUAUCUGUGGACAAAGACAUUUCAGCUAGUGGUCAUGCGGUUUACUCGAGAACAUUAAGCCAUAUUAGUGAAGUCAGCUUUGAUGCUGCCUUCUCAGAUUCCCAAACUUUAGAUGAUACUAUAAUCACACUACCUGAGGAUACUGCCUUCAUCCCACAAGAUGCUGCUGUUGGUUUACCGGUCUCUGAGGAGUCUGCAGUUUUACCUAGCACUGUAGAAUUGCAAACUAUACAGGAAUUGGAUGCUGACAACCUAACUAUGAAAUGUUCUUUAGACUACCAGGAAAGCACCCUAGCACUGCAGACUCCUAAUACAGAGGAGCCUAAGCCUGCCGUGGAACAGUUGGUGGAGGUAUUGCUGGAUGUACCUCCUGCUCAUUUUUCUUAUUUGGACACUGUAAUAGAAGAGCAGGAAAACACCACUGUGGAUGUAAUUACCUCUAAUGUUGUAAAGUUGACACCUGUGGAUACUGGUCUUGAUGAGGCCAUCAGUUCUUUAAACUCCUCUCUGGAUGAUUACCGAGGUCAGUUCCCUGAACUGCAAGGUCUUGAACGUGAAUUGAAACAUUUGGAAGAUCUUCUGAUGCAGAGACAGGGAGUUUUCCGUAGCCGGGCUUCUAGCAUUAGUCUUACUGUAGAAAAUGCACUUGAGAGCUUUGAUUUUCUGAAUACCACGUCUGACAUGGAAGAUUCUGAGUGCUCUGAAGAUGAAGAAGGUUGUAAUGAAAGGAACCUGAAUUGCAACUGUUUGCCAGUAGAAGUUUCUACACAAAGUGAGGACCAUGUGGAGGAUGCUGGAGUAUGCAGUGCUUCUGAAGGAAGCUCUGGAGCUUUGAGCACUGGCAAUGAGCACCUUGAUAGGGCACUGGUAAUGCAUCUCAACAGCUGCUGCAGACUUCUGCUGCAUUUAGGCAAGUUUGGGCCUCUCCGCUGCCGAGAGAUGUACGCACUUGAUAAGCUGAUGAGAGAGUCUCAGAUCUUAAAGGUAAUCUGCAGGCUUAUAAAGGAAAAAUCAGGAACAGCAAACAAUGCAGAUGAAGUUGUACAGUUUUCAGUCCCUAAGGAUGGAGUCUUAGCAUUUUGGAGUAAAUGUGUACAGCCUCAAAAUGUCUUCUUGUGCUCUGCUGAAACAUUUUUAGAAACCUUGACAUCACAUUAUGGCGAACAAGUGAAUGCUCUAUAUUUAGGGAUGUCUGAAGCAGUGUUUGUGGGACUCGCAGAGCUGAUUUUAGACCGAAAGCUGGCAAAGAGAAUCCGAUCAACUAACACUGACCAGCUGACAAUCUUUCAGUACUGGAGCCAUUUUGAAUCUCUAAGUGUCACUGCGCUGGAUUCCUAUAUCAUUGAUUUGGCUAAAGAAGAACAGUUUGUGCAGAAUUUGAAUGCAGAUGAUCAGAAUGUGGUUUUGAAAGCCUUGAAACGGAUACCUGAGAGUAGCGUGCAAAAAGAAGGGUUCAAGGCUCUGAGCUUGCUUCUUACUAACGGGAACAGCAAAGUCAUUGCAGCUGUAACAUCACUUCUUAGAGGAUUUUCAGAAAACCAAAAGUUUCGGGAAAGGGCACUUGUGUGUUUCUUGGAGCAGCUGGAAGAUGAAGAUGUACAGACAAGAGCUGCAGGAUGUGCUGCACUAGGAUGUGUAAAGGCUAAAGAGAGUAUUGACCAGUUAAUCUUUCUGUGCCAAACUGACAAGGAUGAAGUAAAAGUUGCUGCCAAACACAGUCUGAUGAUGUUUGGUGAAGAUGGAAAAUUAGCAUGUCGGCAUUUGGAGGAAACACUUGGGAAUUUACCGAGAAUUUUUGCACCCGGAGCCAUGGCAAGCACUGCUUUCUAAGAUUGCUAUCAUAUUUUGUUUUUCAUUGUACAAUCGAUGCCAGUCUCCUUUUAUUGAUAAAUGAAUGUGACAGUGGAGGACGUGAAGAACUUUCAGGAACUCAUCUGACAGUAUUAAGAAAAUGCAUCUACGCUAAGGAGAUGAUUAUGAAAGCUGUUUAACCCACAGGCUCAUUUUCCAGACACAUUUGGAUGACCUACCUCUGGCAGCGACAAAAUGUAAUACUAAUUGACACUGGCAUUAUAUUUCAUAAGUGCUUCAAGUUACACAUGGACCAGAACUGAUGCCCAGGAACAAAAACAAUCCAAACAAUGUAGGGCAAAGCAAGAAGUAUAUUUUGCACGUACAAUGGAGUUUGUUGACCACUGCAGUAUAUAGACUUUCAUUUUGACCACACCAUAACAUUACGGCAAACCCCUGCUUGUCUGCCUUUUUAUAACACUUUGGUGAUACUGAGAACAAAUCUAUAGCUGGGCCUUGGUACCACAUCAAAAACUGACUGUAAGUGCACCAGGCUUGCUAUUUUAUAUUUAUUGUUUUUAAAGAUGAAUCCUAUUGACGUAUGAGGGCUUCGGGUUGUCUAAUUCCAUUGUUAAGAAGUGCACGUGUGUUGUGGGGUUUACCUCUUAAUAAAUGAGCUUGGAAAAUUUCAUAGGUUAUCUGAACAAAAUGUUUAAAUACAGCAGCGGUACCCAAGGCAGCCAGAGGGGCAUGUAACUGUUUUCUGGAACAAGCGGAUUUUUUGAGCAGAGGAAUGAAAAUUUAACAAAUGAAAAAGUUUUUGAAAAUAUUAGAUAUCCCAUUAUUCAAUCAUUUCCUUAACUUCUUUCUUUGCUUGUAAAGCUUUACAAUGAUGUCUCAGAGUAGCCAUACAUGGUGCAGGUAUUUUGAUGCAAGUGUUAUUAACUCGCUGUCCUCUUGGGAAGCUGGAGAGAAAGGCAGCCUCGUGCCUUCUGGAAAUUCUAUAAUACAUGCAAAUAAAAUAAUCAGACAUGAGGGCCCAGCUCUGAUGAGAUUGCUCAAUGCUUGCCCAGCUGGUGGGCCAGGGGUACCCAUGUGGAUCGAUAGCAACUAAACUGGCUAACCAUCUUUAUAGAAGUGUGCCCAGCUUUAUGCAUGUCCUAUGCAGUUUUCCAUGCCAGACUACAUGAACCGUUGCUUCCAUAGAAGUGAAUUUUAUAGAAUAAAUAAAGCACACCCUUUAGUAAAAUAAAAGAAUAUGAAAUGUCAGUGAGGAGGUCCAUAACUUCAUAAAGGUAUAAGGCUCUACACUUCUUCUGUUUUUUCUUAUCAUUAGGGACUCAUGACAAAAGUAAUAUCAUUAACAAUCCAUUAUAUUGUGUAUUAUAUCAAUUUACAAGCUGACAGUUCAGCUAAGCAUUAAUGUAUAUAGAUUUACCUAGCCCAGGCAAUCAUCCUGUGUUGUCAUGUGCACAUGAUGAAUAGACUCAAUUAAAUAACCUAAAACACAACCUUUAUUUAAUACAACAAAAGAAUGUCAAUUGUACUGUGGGAGGAAAAGGAGUAUUUUAUUCUAUAAGUGUUCCCUUGCAGUACAUGAUGACAUAGCAUCUGACAAUAAUACAAAUGGAUUGAUAUAUCACUUUAAGCUACUGAUCACUUAUCUGCCCUACAUGGUGUUCGUAUAAUAAAUUGUUAGCACGUAUCUUUCCCACUUAAAUAUAAUUUACUAUUACCUUGCACUGUACAAAUCAUGAGCUUGUUUUAGAAGCUCUCCUACCCUUUAUAUAAAUAACCUCUUGUAGCAGUGGAGGCUGACUAGAGAUACAUUCUGGCUUAAAGGAUUUGUAAACCCCCCCCCCCCAAAAAUACAGUGAAAUCUUAAAAUACCUGCCACUCCUGCUAUUCAAAGGUUAAUCAUAAGGCUGCCGCAUCCCCUUAAUCACUUGCGAUUCCUUUUUCUACUUUAACCCCUCCCUUAGGAAUUGACUUGGCUAUUGGCCAACUGAGCAUGCUCAGUUCUUCUCAACUCGGGUUACCAAACACACCCUCCAGUCUAGCAGCCAAUGAAGAGAUGGCACUGCUGGUUAUAUGUUUUUUUUCUCAUAACCUCUUCUGAGCUCAGCUUGAGUGUUUCAGUGCUCAGUCCAAGCAGGACUUUUUAUCAAAGUAAGUUCUGCCUGUGUAAGCCUGCAUUCUUCAUUGCAUGAACUUCACAGUGCACAUGUGCUAUUUGCAGAUGUGAAUGUUACUGAAGAAGUCGGAGGAAAAAUGGCCACUGGGUGAAAGCUGCUAUUUGUUUUAGGAAAAUGUGAUGGUGCUGGUGAAAGAAGGGGAUAUAUGCAGUACAAAUAGUGUGAUUUAGGUGGUGAGAAGUGCCCAACUUAUGUAAAGGAAAAUGUAGGGUUUACGUGUCCUUUAAGGGACCAUUUUGCAAAGCAGACAGAUAAGUAGUAAUAACUAGGGGUCAAGUGUCAAACUAUUGUCCUACAAAUCUGAACUGUUUUUUUAGUUAUAACUGAUGGACAGGCAGAUGUAUAUAGAGUAUUUUUUACAUUUCAGUUUUACUGCUGCUAAGAUGCACAUCUUCUCACUGUAUGUCCCCUUGCUCUCUGUGGUGAAGCAGUGUUUUGCAGUCUUUGUUAUCAGAACAGAACAACCCUCUGCCUCUUAAUGUAAAAAUCAAACUAAUGAUCCGCUUUAUUUUACUGCCCCUUUUUCCAAGCAUAAAAGAAUAUUAUAACUAGGAAGUGAAUGAUGAGCACAUAAACAUCUCGCAAAGAGAGCCCCUGAUAAGGCCUGCGCACACCUCUAUCCAGCUAUACGCAGUGUUAGAAAAUCCCCUUGCUUGGGGGCUAAACUAUUUCUGGGCCAAUAAAUCUCAGAAUACAUCUAAAGGAAGUUUUAUUUCCUAUUUUUUUUUUGUUUUUUUCAAGCGAUGCUUUGCCAUUUUAAUUGAGAUCUGAUAAUUAUUGGUACACGAUAGUUAAUCACAAAUAUGUCUCGGCAAACUUAUUUGGGAAGAACAAGUUUUACAUGUUUUAACUGCAUGAAUGUCCCAUAGUAGCUGGUAUAAUGCAGUUCUUGUCAGAUAUUCAAAGCAGAAUCUUAGUAAUAAUAUAGAUAGUGCCCAACCACUAAGUAAAGAGCAGUUACCCAGAAUGAUAAUGUCAGACAUGGCAUGAGAUUCAGAGGCUUCAGAUGGUUUCUUGGCAACACAUCAAUGUAACGUUUUGGAAAGUUUCACCUCACUUCAGUGUUUGUUAAAUUGACAAAUUCAACUGCGAUGGGUAGUUUCACUUUUACUGAAAGAAAAAGCACCAAUCACCUUUAUGUUUUGCAAUUAAAAAAGAAAAAUGGCCUCAGCAUCAAAUAUUUUAGGUUUGCCUCUUAAUUAAAGUAAUGGCUUUUUUGGGCCAUGUACAGCUCCAGACAUUUUAUAAUCGUAAUGAAUCAAAAUACAAGGGACGGAGCUACUCACUAAUUCACUUUAGAACUUAUUUAUUACUUUCAUUUGGAAUGGGAGCAUGAAUUAUAAUGUACCCACACAAUAUUAAUUUAAUCCGUUUGCUCUGUUCUCACGCAAAAGUUUAUAUUUUAAUAUUGUCUUACCCCAAGUGCCUCUUCCCUUACCCGAGCUUUUCCCUCACACUUCUGUUACACCUUUAAAUAUCGGAGCACAGUGUAUCAAGUGAAUACAUGUUUGUUUUAUUUGAGGAUGUGCUCAUAGUUAUAUUAUGUGGAUGCACCGCUUGGACACAUUUGAAAUUGAAGUUUGAGAUAAAAUUUAGUGUUUUAUUUACAUUUGUAUUUUGUUUUUAUAGAACAUUUUAAAAGAUAAACAUUGAAAAGCAUUAUUACUAAUUUCUAUAUAUAAAUAUAUAUAAUGUAUUUAUAAUAAUGCCUGCCUUUCGGUUUUAAAUCAGAAAUAAAAAAGUUAUGUUAA